AUUAUCGAAGCAUAGAUUAAUACUCCUGGCGCGUGUCUAUCAACGUGACUAGCAUCUGGGUAGCUCUUAUAAAUUUGGGAGAUGUUUUCCCAUUCUUUUCUUUCCUGGGAGACUUCUCGUCAUGGUCCGUUUGUUGAUCUGUUUGGCUGUCCUUUUUCUCUUUGACUUACUGGUGUCUGCUUCACCGCUGCAACCAUCUGUCCUUGAUCGGCGCCAGUUGAUGACGACGCUGACCUCUGCGCAAGUCUCCGCUUUCAAGCCCUACAGUUACUAUGCCAGUGCAGGAUACUGCGAGCCAUCAACGACGUUGACUUGGACCUGCGUCCCUUGCCAGGCCAACCCAGUCUUCAAACCCCUUGGAUCGGGGGGUGACGGCGGCGACGUACAGUUCUGGUACGUGGGUUAUGAUCCCAGUCUUGACACCAUCAUUGUGGGCCACCAGGGAACCGAUAGUUCGAAGAUUCUGCCUAUUAUUACGGAUCUCGACUUCUUUCUCACGGACCUCGACAGCAGCUUGUUUCCUGGCAUAGACUCAACCGUACAGGUUCACAGUGGCUUCAAAGAGUCGCAGGCUGACACGGCUACGGAAGUCCUUUCCUUGGUGAAAACUGCCAUGUCGAAGUAUUCAACAACCUCUGUCGCCGUUGUCGGACACUCCCUUGGAGGAGCUAUUGCUCUUCUAGAUGGUGUCUAUCUGGACUUGCAGCUCCCUAUGGCGUCUGUGUCCGUAAUCAGCUAUGGCAUGCCCAGAGUCGGAAACCAAGCUUUCGCGGAUUACGUUGACGCGCAUGUGAACGUGUCCCAUGUGAACAACAAGAGAGACCCAGUGCCUAUCCUUCCAGGGAGAUUCCUGGGAUUUCAUCAUUGCUCUGGCGAGAAGCACAUCACCGACUCCAAUGCAUGGGUCGCCUGUCCAGGCCAGGACAACGAAGACCGUCUAUGCACCGUCGGAGAAGUCAGUAACAUUCUGGUGGGUGAUGCAUUGGAUCACGAUGGUCCUUAUGAUGGAGUAACAAUGGUAUGUUGAUACUCACAAUCUACGGUGGCUCUGUUGGAGAGAGGCAUUUCGGAGAGCCGAGCUGAGAUGUAGUCCAAUGUAGCCGGAUAUAUCUCCCAAAAGAGGUAGCUAUUCAUGUUCUCAUCAUUCCAGGAAUGGUGUAUAGAACUUGGCUUCGUAACGAAAUAAAGCGGG